UCUGUACGCUGGUGGAACAGAGCGUUUAUAUGUGGUACACAGUGAUAAGCAUUUGAUGCGGUGUGCGAUUGUUAAAUAUUUUUUUUUUAUUUUAAUUUAUUAUUUCGAAAGUAAAUAAUAUAAUUCUCACAAAUUUUAAAUGAAGCAUAGUUUUAAUUUAUUUGAAACAGCUGGAACAUGACCGCUACAAUACGGUAGAAAAGUUAGCUUCGUAAAUUAAUUUACAGAUCCUUCGCAGAAAAUGGCGGGCGGAGUGACAGGCGUGCUUCUGUACGCGGUGAGCGCCGCUGUACUGGGCAUGCUGCAGUUUGGCUUCAACACGGGUGUCAUCAAUGCUCCACGUCCCUUCAUCGAAAACUUCAUCAGCACACAGUACGAUGUAAACCCCGGCACCAUAUUCAGCGUCAUCGUCAGUAUCUUCGCUGUCGGUGGUAUGAUCGGAUGUCCUUUCGCCAGCUGGAUGCUUGAAAAAUACGGCCGUAAAAACGCACUUGUCGUCAAUUCUAUGAUUGGAGUUCUUGGUGCUAUCUUUAUGGGUUUCAGUAAACUUGCAAACUCAGUAGAAAUGAUCAUUAUUGGUAGAUUUAUCAUUGGAGUUAACUGCGGCUUUGCAACAACAGCUUCCCCCACUUAUGUAUCAGAAGUAGCACCGGUGAGGCUGAGGGGAGCGUUUGGUACAGUAAAUCAGCUGGCUGUCGCAUUCGGAUUGGUUGGAGCUCAGAUCUUGGGUAUCGAUAUGAUAAUGGGAAGUGAUGAAGGAUGGCCGUGGCUGCUUGGACUUGCAAUUUUCCCAUCAGCUAUUCAGUUCGUGAUGAUUAUAUUUGCACCUGAAAGUCCUCGUUACUUGCUGCUGGUCGCUCGGGAUGAAGAGACCGCUAGGGCUGAGCUAGCUAAAAUCCGAGGUACGAAUGAAAUCGACGAUGAGAUCAAUGAUAUGCAUGUAGAAGAUCGUGCAGCUAGACAGGAGGAGAAGUUCUCUAUUCUAGACUUGUUUAAGAUUAAAGCUCUGCGUCAGCCACUUAUUAUUGGAAUCGUGAUGCACUUGUCUCAACAACUGGGAGGCAUUAAUGCGGUUCUGUAUUACUCCACCACGAUAUUCGUGAAUGCAGGCCUAACACAGGAGAAUGCGCGAUUGUCUUCAAUAGGUGUUGGCAGUAUGUUAUUUAUUAUGGCUCUCGUGUCGAUUCCCCUUAUGGACCGUCUGGGAAGACGAACACUACAGCUGGUUGGACUUGCAGGUAUGGCACUGUUUUCUGUGCUCAUGACUGUUGCUUUCUUCACUUAUAACGAUAACACUACGAUGAGUAUAUUUGCUGUUAUAUUUACGUUCCUGUACGUGGCGUUCUUCGGAGUGGGUCCUAGUUCGAUUCCGUGGAUGUUGCUGUCAGAGUUGUUCGGGCAGGGCGCCCGCAGUGCGGCGGUUAGUGUCGGCGCCCUCGUCAACUGGUUCGCUAACUUCAUCGUAGGGUUAACUUUCAUUCCGAUGUCUGACGCGUUCGGCAACUACGUGUUUUUGCCGUACACUGUCCUCCUCGUUCUAUUCUUUAUAUUCACGUACCUGCAGUUACCAGAGACGAAAAAUAGGACGAUCGAAGAAGUGACAGCUCUCUUUAAGAAGUAAUAGAGUCUAGACUUAAGCGACAUUCCUUAGAAGUAAGCAUAAUAUUGCGACCUGCAAUAACUUUACACAGCGUUUAUGUGAUAGAACUGCAUGAAAUUCGAUUUACUUGAAUAAUAUAGAUGCGCGAGUGUUAUCUAUGUCCUUUCUACCAGAUUUAUAUAAAAAUGGAAGACUGAACACCAAACUUAUAUUAAAUGGAGUCGUUUAAAGAUUCUUCAUACUUGAUAUACCUUUGAAUGAAGUACUUAUUUAACGAUUAAUCUAACUAAACUACAAGUAUUUUAGAAGACGAUAAAUGUAUUAAUAAUUCCAUUUAUAAAUAAAAAAAUAUGGAUCCCUAUUUAGAAAUCAUGAUAUUUAUAUCUAUUGUAUUAAAAUGUAGUAGAUAAGUAAAAAGGUUCAUAAAUAUUCACUUUGUGGCGAUUGUACGCAAAUUGUAAUUUGUGUUGAUGUUACGAACAACAUUUUAUUGUUAAUUUAUUGAUGAAUGUGUUAUUCUUUGUUUGUAUGUUAUUGUUGUAUUUCCAAAGGUUCGAGGACCAAGUUUUUUGUGUAUAUACUUUAUAUUGUUAUUUAGAUAUUAUUAAGUUUACAUGGUGCUGGUAACACCGAAUUUGGACAACGCACUUUAUGAUUUUUGUAUAUUUUUUGGUGCUUUCUUAUUUUCUUUUUUCGAUUAUCUAUUCUAGUGCCUUAACUUUUGUUUGACAGUGACAUUAGAGGGUUUUAGACCGGAUUCACUUAAAUUAAUAGAUUAUGUCCGGCAUAGCGGCGCUAGACUCUCAUGAAUUUUCUAAUAGAAAGUUGUAUACAAUUGUAUCUCGUAAAUAUUUUACGAUAAAAAUCCUGCGCCGUUGUCUCUAUUCAAUUAUAUGUAAGCUACUACAGUUAAACUAUGUACCUAAUUCGUCACGUACCAUAACCUAAACUAUAUUUUCCAUAUGAUAUUAUUAUGAUAUUGUAAUUAAUAAAUUGUUAGUGAAUUGUAUAAUGUAUAAAUAUGUAUUUACACUUUCUAUUAUAUUCGUAGUAGUAUGGUGUUGACUGGAGACUCCGUAAAUUCGUCAGGGCACACAAUUGUCAUAAGUUUGCUAUUGUGUGAUCCUUUUGACUAUAAAAAAUGCACAAUAACUUUAUUUUGAAGGCUUGCUACGACUCAAAUGCCUGAAAUAUAAGACCAUUUUAAAAACAUCGCCCAGUCCAACAUCAGUUUUGAUAAUUCUCGGCAAAAUAAGUAGAAAGUUUAAAAUAAUUAUAAAAAUAAUUAAUGCUAAGCAAGCAAUACCUCAAUAGUUGAUAAAUGUAUCAAAAUGCACUUUCUAAGUAAUGUUCACUCUAAUCAAUAGUUUUUAUGUAUAA